AAAAACGAAAUUGACGAAAAUUGAAGCAUAAAAAAGAAAAUUGCAACCCUAGAAGAACACAAUGAAUAGAAAAGUUGUCAAUGGUGAGAAAUUCCGCCAUGGAUGGAACUGCCAGAAGCUAUAUUACUGGAGAUUGCACAGAAAGUUUGCACUACGUGGAGGCGAAUAUGCAACGAUGCAACGAGAAAAUGUGUAUUCAUGCCAUUAAUCGCAGCUAUAUGAUAUCAAUUUGGAGUUCUUUGCUACUAAUGAGUUGCUUUACUACAUAGCAAAGAGGAUGACAGACCUGGCAUAAACUUGGGAGGACCUACGCUAAUGGAACCAAGUAUUCAUGCCCUUGCAAAUGCUUUGCCUGCUUCACCAGAACUUUAUGAUUCAGAUACAGGUGUUAGAGAUCCUCAACAGGCACAUCGUUGAAGAUCAUUACUUUUCAGCUAUUUGGUUUCCGCUGAUGAACGAAUAAGUGAUGAGACCAAGUGGUUCUUUCGGAGGCCAGAGAUGGUUUUUGAGUGCCGGCCACGCCUAGAGUACCCUCUCGGGGCGUGACAUUGAGUUUGGCAGACUUGAAUGGGUCAUUCUUGAUUACAUGUCUAAUAGAGGUUUCCAUCAGACUGGCGAGGCAUUCUCCAACGAAAUUCGGGCUAAUCAAAAUCGUGUUGCCAUUAAUUCUCCCCAUGAAGCAUUUCUGCAAGUGUGGUGGGGUAAAUUUUAUGAAGCAUACAGAUCUAGAUUCCCCGACGAUGCUGUAUUGGCCGCUGAUUCCUUUGAUAAGGUCGCACAGACUCUGGACAACAUUGUGGCUGAUAACGGUUUGCAUCAAUCUUAUGCUGCUGAUCAUACGGAUGCAAACAUAUCUAAUGUGAUGCCUGUGAUGUCGUCACCUGCUUUGAUGACAUCCUCUCCUGUGAUGGAACCCAUUGAUCCUGACCUUAUGGAUGAUGAAAUUUCAAAUUUGUUGUCAUCUUUUAAUACCGAUUGUCCGUUGCUAGAUUUGUCUCCUCAAAGAGACAUUACCGGCUUACAGUUUCCUGAGAUGGGUGAAAUGGGUGGCAUGCUUCCGUUUGCAAGCAAUUCUGGCUAUCAAAUGCAGAAAAUGCCAACGGCACCUCCGAAGUGGAAUGCAAGAGAUGACAGACCUGGCAUAAACUUGGGAGGACCUACGCUAAUGGAACCAAGUAUUCAUGCCCCUGCAAACGCUUUGCCUGCUUUACCGGAACUUUAUGAUUCAGGGAACAACAGAUCUCUUCAACAAGCAUCUCAUCAAGGAUGGUCAUCUGUUAUGCUAGGUGAUACAGAUCAAAGAACCCCAGAAUUUUUACCAACUGACCAACAAAAAAUAGCUCCCGUAGGAGGACUUAUGAGAAGAUCUGGAAAGCAACCUGCAGUGCAGGAGAAAAUAAACCAGCUGGGACUGCAGUUUUCAAAAAAGAGUGGCAUAAAGAGGAAAACACGAUCGAGUUCUUUGGCAUCCGCUUGCAAAAAAGCUUCUGUCACUGGUGUUGCAAAGGAUAAUACUGUAAGCUGCUACUCCCAAGGAGAUGUUGAUCUGGUUAGUGCAAGUAGUUCAAUCUAUGCAUGGACUGAAAAAUUUGCUACGCCCCGGAAAGACAACUCUUUAAAAGGAAUUAGUAGCCUUGACACAAAAAUGAGCAAGUUCAUAUGUUGCCACUUUAAUUCAAGCGGAGAGUUGUUGGCUACCGGUGGAGACAAUGGGAAGGUUUUGAUUUGGGAGUUGGGAAAUAACAAAGCUUAUAGUGUACAAGGUCAUACUGAUCACGUUGCAGAUGUCCGUUUUAGACCAAACUCAACAGUGUUUGCAACAUCUUCAUUUGACAGAACUGUGAAGAUAUGGGAUGCAACCAAGCGAAGCUAUUCUUUCCAAGACCUUGUCGGCCAUAGUGGGGAUGUGAUGUCAAUAGAUUUUCAUCCAACAAAGGUGGGUCUCCUCAGUUCUUGUGAUAGCGAUGGUGAGAUUAGACUGUGGGAUGUCAAUACGGGUGAUUGCAAACUCAAUUUUAAGAUGCAGAGAGGUAUUAGUCAAGUCAGAUUUCAACCUCAACUUGGGUACUUUUUGGCAAGUUCUACUGGAAAUGUUAUUACCAUUUUUGAUGUCGAGACUAACAACAUCCAAAAAGAGUUACAAGGACACGUCAAAGACAUCCGUUCAAUCUGCUGGGAGAUGAGUGGGAACUACCUGGCAUCCGUGAGUGAAGACAGUGCACGGAUAUGGUCUGUUAGUGAUGGAAAGUGUGUAUAUGAACUGUACUCCAGUGGAAAUAAGUUCCAGUCAUGCACUUUCCACCCCGGGCACGCUCUAAUGUUGGUGAUUGGUUCCGAUAAGUUGUUGGAGCUGUGGAAUCCAUUCUACCAGAGCACCAUAACUAGUCCAUAUUGUGCACAUUCUGGUAUAAUUUCUUCAUUAGCAGAUUCACCUACGAAAAGAAUCGUAGCUUCAGUUAGUCAUGACCAGUGGAUCAAGAUAUGGAGAUGACACUUCUUUGUUGAUCAAGAUACAACAAUCAUUCUUUCUUCUUUCUUUAUCCAAAUUACAUCAAAUAUUUGAAUGAAAUUACAACUGCAUACACCCUUCCGCUAAUAACUUAGGGCGGAUGCAUUUUGGAUCAAGGAAGGUGAUAGUAUUCUUGGCACAUCACCAGUGGAAUGAGUUAUUCGAAAGGUUGUGUAAGUCACAAACAUUUACCAUUGUUUCAAACUCCUCUGAUCUAUUUUAUCUUUUGGAAGUUGAUAUUUACAAUGUUAAUCAGUCUUGUGUAUUAAAUGAUAUACAUGAAUAAUUAAAUGAAUUUAAUUUCUUAAA